GUGUAUAUAUGUUGUUCGUUUAACGAGAAAAGUCAGUAAAAAUAACCAGAGCGUUCGCGUGGGUGCACAAAUACGAGGAUACGCAACAAAUGGAUAAUGGAUACCGGGCUUUAGAAUGUAUCAUCAGUUUAUGAUGUUGGUAAAAUUGCUUUAGAGACUGCAUCCUUGUUCAAGAAGCUAUUUAAGAUUCGCUUCAUAGUGUAUACAUACACAUGUUUUUAAAAGCAUCUAAUUCAUUUCGCAGCGAUCGAGAAUUUUUAUGACCUUUCGGUAAUGACAUCGUACUUUGGAGUUAGACACUAUGGAAACGUUAUUGCCGUCGGAGAUAGCACGACUAGUUCUUGGGUACCUCGAAGAUCAAAACUGUAUUGAAGCUGCCAAAAUGUUUUUAGAGACAUCACCGCAUUUGCAAGAAUGUCGUACUGUAUUGUCGAAAGGAAGACGAUUCAGUACCAGAGUAGGUGGAAUGACUUUGAUAGAUGUCAUUGAAAAAUUUUUUGCGAUUAAUGCAUCAAUUCAAGAACGUCUCAGCAAAAUUGCAGAUUGCGAGCAGAUGAAACAUUGCGGGGAUUCACUGGAGCAGCUGAGGUUUCUUGUUGAAGAGACCCGAGGUCAACGAUUUGUAGUUAAUAUUAAUGUUCCUUCGCAGGCGAAUGCUCAAAUAUGUAAUGGAUCUCCAAUAAUAUCCAGUAGUGCUCGUAAAAGACGUCAUAGUAACAGUGAUCGUGAACGAUGUAAACGCACAAAAGUAACGUUGAAUACGUCACAGUCCUCGGAAUUUCCAGUUUCUAUUCCAGGUUUUGACAGCAUAGAAGCAACACCAUUAGAAAGUUUACCAGGUCAUGAAGAUAGACAGUGUCAGUCCAAACAUGAUGCGAAAGUUAAGGAGAAAAACUGCAACACAUCUCAACAGGAGGAUCAAGGUUGCAAUGUAGACCAAACAGAUGCUGGCAUUGAUAAUACAUCGAAGGACAAGAACAAAACAAAUGUAUGCGUGUUGGAAAAAUGUAGCGCAGCUACGAGUACAGACCUGUUGAGUUAUGCGUGUGCGGAAGUUCAGACUACCCCAUACGAUACACCCGAGUCCGAAUCCGAGACUAAUGACGAGCCUAUAGAGAAUCUCAGCUUACUGACGAAAGAGCUUUUGAAUCGCAUCGAGUUACAAGAGCGUAUCGCUGAAAAUAUUAAUAAAGCUAUACUCCCAACAGAUACAUCUUUAAAAGAUGACACCUUAAACGACUCCGUGAACAGCGAAGCGAAUACUUCUAUUAUGUUCGAGUUGAAUAACGCGAUUAAAUCGAUAGUAGAGGCAACAGAAUCUGAUCCGGUAUUCGAACAGUUUCUCGAUGAAAUCAUUGGACCGAACACAGAAACCGACACCAGCCCAGAUGAAGAUGUCGAAGCUAGACCAAAGAUAAAGAUUCUCAAUGAUUCCCGUGAAAAGCAACCCGAGACAACGAUCCCGAACGUUGAAAUUACCUCGUCGGAUCCCGUGGUCGCAACAGACCCGAAAGCAUCGAUCGACGCAACAGCGAAUGUUGUGGAAGUGCCAUUAAAACACAGACUUCGUAGUUCCUCGAGGCAACAGAAUAUUCGUGUCGAGGACGAGCAACGAGAUCAAGACAAAGACUGCAAUGCUUUAGAGGAUCAAAAUGCUGCCGCUGUAUUGAGUAUAAUAAACGCCACUGUUAAACCUACGAACGAGAAGAGACCCAUAAAUGCUGUAACAGUGGACGAUAUAUGUUCGGAUGUUAAUAACGAGAAAAAAUUACCAGUUUGCGAAUCGCCGCCGAAUAAAGAUAAGCUACCCGCAAAAUUAACGAGUGUCGAGAAUGAAAAAGGUCACGGUAAUGGCACAACAGUUCUCUGUAACGAUACCGAAUCGAAAAUACGAAAAUCGUCGGUUAAACGACCACGUGCUGCGCAACCGAAAUGCGAGCCAGAGGAUAACUAUAAACCUGAACAAGACAUAAUGACGAUGCCGAUGUUAAUUCUGUGUUCGACGCAGGAAAUAAGCAACGUGCUCACCACAAGUUCUACCAUAACAUCAACCACGAAUUCUCGUUUCCUUCCUAUUAUACCUAAAGAUCCGACAGGUACAAAUGGCAAAGACUUCGUGGAGAAGGUAUAUCUGAAAAAUAUAACUGUCGCUCAAAAAUUACAACCACCGCCAAUUCUCAAGAUUUCGAAUCCAACGAAAACAGUGAUUCCUUGUGCAACGUUGCAACCGUGUCAAAAAGAGCAGCUCGUCCGAGUGAAUUGUAAACCAAAAGAUACACCUACUCGGAAUGUUGAUAAUUCGAUCGCGAAUCUCGUCGUGCCCAAUACCAAUAAAUUCAUCACCGACGAAUCGAUAACUCUUUACGGGAAUGAAAACAACGCGAAAACGCUACUGGAUAGUUCGACGAGUGUGUCGACAAUAAACGUAGAAGACAGCAUCAGUCUGUCGGGUACAGGAUUGUCGCCGUACAUCAAAUUUAGUUGUAACAAAACAAACCAGAAUCAAAGCUUAUCGGAUAUCGACUUGACGCCUGUUUUACCGAACGCAAAGGUUGCCGAUGCACCGGUCAAAACCGUCGUUGUUCACGACCAACAACCAUCCACUUCGAGAACAACGGAACACGAUGUGAUUAACAAACGAACGCCGAGAUCGUUGUUAAAGAGUAGGGCAAAAAAUCAUAGGUUAAGCUUAUCGACACCUAGAAGAAGAAGCAGUCACGUGAGAGCGUUGGACUUUAAUACUCCAACGAAAAUAGUCGUUACGUCGAACAGAUUGGUCGGUGAAAACGACAAUACGCAUUUCCCAUCCAGAUCGGGGAGAUCUGUUAAAUCUGUACGUAGAACCUCUCUUUUCAAAUCUCCGCCAUUCCCCAGUGCUGCCAUAGUCGCGCAUAAAAUCAAGAUUCCGUUGAAACUUAGUCGAGCCUCGAAACUUUCCGCAGCAACGAGGUGUCCUGUGCCGAAACUUGUCGACACUCAGAAAAAAUGCAGCGAGAUCGAUGGAAUUAUAGAAGAAAAUGUUACUUCCUCGAAGAAAAAUGUUUUCGCGCCUGCAGUAAAUAAACCUCAGUCGAAAUCGACGAAACCGGGCAAAGAUACCUGGGACGCGGAUUUACGAAAAGCUUUGCAAGUAGCAGCGGAAAAGGAGUGUCGGAAAACGCAAAAGAACGCCAGCACGAAGUCUGUCUCGUCGAAGAAAGACAAAGGAAGCUCACGCGCUUCGAAAAGGAAAAGUAAAAGUCCUGCAAGGAAAGGUACUUCUGCCGAGAAGAACGUGUGCUUUCGAGAAGAACAGAAACCUACAAUACUAAUGUCAGUCGGUCAGAAUAACGCGUGCGUUGUCUCGUCGAUAGAGAAGAACUCAGCAAUCAUCAAUGUUGAUCGUGUUUCCCAGAACAGUUGCGACAAUGCGAUCGCUUUGCAACCAGGUGACGUUACAAAGCCAUGCAACAUAUCCGUACAAACGUACAAAGAAGAGACUAAACGCGACAAAACAGCAGCAAGAGCAAACGACACCGUUAACGCAACAGUUGAAACGAAAAGCGUGAAAAAAUAUGUCCAGUUGAAAACAUUGUCAACUAAUAUAAGUAAAUGUAGUAUCGACAAGAAAGAAGGCUUGUCGGAGAAGAACGUGGUUCCUUUGGAUACCUUGCACUGUUCCGAAAUAACAAAGGCUUCUAUAGAUAUCACGCAGCAGAUGUUACAUCAGCUGCCGAAUGUGGUGGAACUGGAAACGCCGAGAAAAUUCGAGACUUCUAGUGGUGUUCCGCCAACUCCAAGAUUACUGAGUCCCAGUACAAAUGCCAGUCCAUUUGCAAAAAUUAACGAAGAUUCUACUAGACUGCGUAGUUUUAUAAGUACACCAGAAUUUCCGAGAACACCUUGUAUAACGUUAACGCCGAAACUCGCAGACGAGAUCACCGCGGACAAAACGCAGAAGGAACCGUUUCAUUCCUGUUCCCCUUACUAUAAGCCUACGCACGAGCAAGAUGACAAUUCGGAAAAAUUGUCGAAGUCCACGUUAGGUAACAGUUUGCAAAAGUCGACAGUAUUAACCUCGCAGGUACAGAAUGAUCCUGUGUCCCAUACUUUCAACGGCGCCACGAAUGCCUAUCAAACUUGUGUCUCCGAGAAAUUAGAAAUAACGCAAUUCGAAGUGAUCAAGGAGAAUCUGCCGAAGGAGGAAGCGGUAAAGGAGCUCAAGAUAUCGACGAAUUCUCGUGAUUCGACGUUCCUUUAUGCGAUGUUAAAAUCUGACCGUGCCACGGACGUCAUUGCGGAUAUUGCUUUGGAUAAAAACGUGGAUGAUAAUGGUAAAUCUUUUCUGAACAACGAAGAAUCAAACGACAGCGACACGUCCACUUCGUCGUCUUCCUCAUCAUCCUCUUCAUCGUCCUCAUCGACGUCCUCCUCCUCGUCGACAUUGUCAUCAUCGUCAUCGACAUCUUCGGCUCCACUGUUGGCCGCGAACAAUGUCAAUGUGAUUAAUUCCUCGGAGAAAUCAUCUCACGGUAGAAAAUGUCAUAAAGUUUCCGAUCGAAUUUCUUCGACAGAGAAAAAACGUCCACUGGAUAUACCAUGUACAGGCUAUGUCGACGAAGAAAGUGUCGCUUUAAGGAAAUGCGAAUCAUCGCCAACCAAAGUGUUUUCGAUACUGAAAACCGAUGAAGAUUUAAAGAACGACACGAAAGAAACUCCCGCGAAAGAUGAGUCUUUGUUGAACGAAGCGGAUAUCUCGGAGACCCCGAGCAGUUCGAAGACCGGCGUUGAACACCUGACCACCAAUUUGUCCUCGAAAAUAUCAGCGUUCAUCAGUUCAGAGGAUCGGAAAUUAUCAAAAUUAGACAAGGAGACGCGCGUGGACAAUCGUACCGCGAGAAAAGUGAAGCAGAAACCGACGAUCGUGAGUGAUCAACGGGUGAAGGGAAAUUCAUUCCUUAACUUCAGGCCUGCUACCAUUAAGCCGGUGAAACGUGCUGUUUUACAGAAAGUACAAACGUCAUUGAGUAUUGACGAAAAGUUGGUUGUGCAAUUGGAAGCGAAACGGCAACGUAUGAUAGCGAAAUUUCGGGAGAUCUCCAAACCGAAUUCAACCCGUGGGAAAGCUCAACAGGCGUGCACUCUUUUGAAGGGCAAACGGAACUUCAGUCCAAAGAAACGGAAUAACCAGUACAAGCGUGUUCCAAAGAACACCGAUCAGUUCAGCGAGAAGGGGACGAAGAAAAGAAGCAAGAAACUAGGGAAGUCCAAUAAUAACAAUAAUAUUGAUGGCAGUGAUAAUCAUGAUCGCGGCAAUACUGGUAACAACAAUAGCGGUGGUUGUAAUAGAAACGAUAAUACCGACAGUGGUAACAGUAUUAACAGUAAGGGUAAUGAUCGAAUGGAACAUUCGUCCACGGAUGCCGUAUUCGAAAUAGAAAAAUGUAGCACCGAUUAUUUAAAGAAGCACAAUGAAAUGAAUUGUAACGAGGAAAUUGUACGCGACGAAACAUCGGCGUUAAAGGCUACGGAGUAUGAAGCUACCAAGACGAUAGAUGAAGCGAAAAACGUUAUCGAUGUCUCGGUGAAUAAAAUUACGAACGACGUUAUAGUUAAUGUCAUCAAAGAGGAAAUUCUGAAUCCGUUGGAAACGAAAAACAAACGAUGCAGCGCGAGUACCGCCGAGAGAAAAGAAAUCGCAGGAAAAUUGAAGACGAUUGAAAUUCAAGAUACGAAACGUACCACGGUUGGUACGGAUGAAAACAUUGCACCUGCCUCAAUAGAACGUAGUUCGGAAACUAAGAGAACCGAAAAUGAGAAAAUAAUUAACGACGUUAAAUCGCAAGAGAUCAAGUCUGACAUUCCAAAGAACGAAAGUAAUUGUAACGAGGAGAACACACGUCGAAUGAAGGAAUAUCCUAGUAACGGCGGUAAAACGAGCGGCGUAUUAAAGUCGAAGGUUGAUCAGGUGAAACGAGAUUUAUUCAGCGACGAGGAAAAUGAUCAGAAAACAUUGAAUUCGAAGAAAAUUCCGACAAGCCAGGAAAAAGAUAUCGUUGUAUUGCCUGUUAAGAAUUUCGACACAGAAAAUCCCAAAAAUUUAUCUAGGGUUCUUCAAUCCUUACAACUUAUUCCUGCGUCCCGAAAUGAUCAAGAAACGGAAAUACCCGAAUCAAAUCCUGAAUACAACCGUGACACUGAUCUUAAGCUAACUGGUCUUAAUUCGGUGGAAUAUCAUUUCCUUUACGACGAUAGUACACCCAUGAAGAAAAGGAGACGAAGAUACAGUAGUCAAGAGUUGGAAUUUCAAAUUAACAUUGCCUUGAGCGAACAAAGUAGCGACGAAUGCAUCAAAGUGAUGACCGCCACCGAUUACGAGGAAAUAUUUAAUCUUCCUCCGAAAUCGAGAAGACGAUCGGGAAGUAGAAAAUCACCUGUUAAAACUGAAAGUUGCUACGAAUUAAUCAACAAAAGGCCUGCUGCUACAUUAACCCUGACAGAUAUACAUGCGAAGCCUUUAGCCACGUCUUCUCCUUUGGAUAAGGUGGUUACAUCCAAAGUGAAAAAAGUCAGUGGCAAAACUGUGAAUACAACGACUGAGACAAAGUACGACACACAGCAAAUUAACAAAAAGAAAGGAAAAGUCGAGAAAACUUGUGAUGUCGAUAAAGAUAAUAUUACCGUGAAAGGUCAGCGAAGAAAAGGAACGGAGCCGAAGGAGAGCAAAUCGGUGGAGAAACGACAGUAUACAACGGACCCACAAACAUUACUAAACAACAUAGACCUAGAUAAAUUUUUAACCUCCGUUCACGGACCUGCAUGACGGUCGAAUUCAGCUCUCUGUGUACAGUUUUUGGAACGUCAAUGAACACGUUCACUGGACAUUAUUUUUAUUCACAUUUCUACAAGAAAUUCCUCUGUUUUUCAUUAUUUUUUAGACGAACCGUCCAUGAAUUUCAUGAAAUUCAGUUUGGUAUUCAAAGAAAUACAAUCAAUCGUAGAAGUAGAGAACAGUAUUGAAGUAAACGCCAUAAUCGUUUUGUAAUAUGUUAGAUUAAAAUGUGAAUUUUUGCAUGCUUCGCUACGAAAUGAAACGUACUUGUAGAAUUGACACGCGAACGCAAGAUGCAGUCGGUGGGC